CUUGCCCGGUGCGGUAAACAAGAAAGACGUGCAGUGUGCAUAUACGAAUAUUGUGGCAGGAACACAUCCGACCGCGCUCUUGCCGGACCCGGGGUCGCUGACCGUGCCAUCAUCUCGAGCCGCAGCGGCGCGGGCGGUGCCAUGGAGUGCGGCGUCGCGGCGGCGGCGGGUGCGUACGCGGCGCGCGCGCAGUCCGCCGCGCCCCCCGCCCACCCCGCCCACCCCGCGCUCUCGCCCACCGAGCGCUCGCCCGCCAAGGCCGGACUGCACGUCAACUUCAGCGAUAAGGGCGAGGUGAAGGAGCGCCGAGAGAAGUUCCUGACGGCGAAGUACGGCAGCCACCAGAUGGCGUUGAUUCGCAAGAGGCUCGCCGUCGAGAUGUGGCUGUACGACGAGCUGCAGAAGCUGUACGAGUCGGCCGAAGGCGGCGCGGGCGGUGCGGCGGGCGCGGCGGGGGGCGCUGCGGGGGGCGCGGGGGGCGCUGCGCAGGACGUGGAGGUCGACAUCGACGAGCUGUUGGACAUGGAGGGCGACGAGCUGCGCCGGCGACACCUCACGACGCUCCUCGCGGACGCCCGGAAACCGCAAAAGGAUGUCCACAAAUUUAUCAACGAAUUGUUAGAAAAGGCGAAGACUUUGUAGAUUACGAAAACAACUGAAGCACCCCCCCCCCCCGCGCGGAGGUGUCGCCCAGACUGUUGUGUUUAGUUCAUAGUUAAUAGUCUGAGUGUUGUGAGACUGUACGGCGCCGGUCGGCGUGCAGCGUGCAGCGUGCUCCGCAAGCUGCGUGCAGCGUGUUCCGCAAGCCGCGUGCAGCGUGUUCCGCAAGCCGGCGUGCAGCGUGCUCCGCAAGUCACGUUCGGCAUACUCAGCAAGUCUCGGGCUCUGCAAGUCGCGGGUAGUGUUCACGCGAGGCACGCCUGCUCCAGCAGCGCCUACGACUAGUUUAUAAGAAUACCUGUAUGUAGAUAUUAGAAAAUAUAUAAAUGUAAGGCGCCGCGCGAACGACA